AUGACGACAAAGAACGUCCUCCUGCUUGUUGCAGAUGAUCUAGGCAAACAACUAGGCUGUUACAGCCAUCCCCAGGUCAAAACACCAAAUAUCGACAAGCUUGCUUCAGAAGGUGUCAGAUUUGACAACGCGUUUGCAAGUACUGCCUCAUGCAGCGGAAGUCGCUCUACCAUCUACACUGGACUCCAUACCCAUCAGAAUGGACAAUAUGGCCUCAACAGUGGAAAGCAUCACUUCAUGACCUUUGACCACAUUGAGUCCGGGCCAACUAUUCUGGCUAGAAAUGGAGUGAGAACAGGAAUCAUUGGAAAGAUUCACGUUGGACCUGAGGCUGUCUAUCCAUGGGAGUGGAAAGCUGAGAGCUUGACAAGGGACGUGUGGUGGUCGUCCCAAAAGGCCAAAGAAUUUUUCACCGCAUCAAAGGGCGAUGGGAGGCCUUUUGUGUUGACUGUGGGAUAUCAUGAUCCUCAUCGUGAUCGCACUCGUGGCGGUUUUGGUAACGACGAGCCUGUCGACGACCGGAUUCAAAGUGUUGAGUACCGCCCUGAAGACAUGGCUAUUCCUGACUUUUUGUCCAAUACCGCUGGGGCCAGGCAAGAACUUGCGGAAUAUGCAAAGGCCAUUAGUCGCUUAGAUCAGGGAAUUGGCUUUAUCCUUGAUGAGCUUGAGAACUCUGGUUUUGCGUCAAACACGUUGGUUAUUUUUAUGAGCGACAAUGGACCUCCGUUUAUGAACUCAAAGACAACACUAUACGACGCAGGUAUUCAGCUGCCUCUGAUAGUCAAGCAGCCCGGUUCGAAAGCCUCUCUCAACACCAACCUAGUAUCUUAUGUCGACAUUUUGCCUACAAUAUUGGACUGGACGCUUGGUCAAGCUGCUGCAGAGGCCAAGAAGCCGCUAUCGGGUCGAUCUUUCCUCAACAUGUUGCAUCAGGAAAAGGAUCUUGAUACAUGGGACCACGUCUUUGGCUCUCAUACGUUUCAUGAGUCUACCAAUUAUUGGCCCACUCGCUACAUACGAACCCGUCGCUACAAGUAUCAUCGCAACAUCGCUUGGAGACUGGACUUCCCAUUUGCAAACGAUAUCUAUGGAUCGCUGACUUGGGAAGAUAUUCGUAACUCAGAGGACAGCCCUAAAAAGAUUGGCCAACGAAAUCUCAAAGACUACUUUUUUCGCCCAGCUGAGGAAUUGUACGAUCUAAAGAACGACGAGCAAGAAGUGGUGAACCUGGCCCGAGACCCUGAAUACCAAGCUAUCCUGCAGGAACUCAGAGAUAGGCUGGAGGCUUGGCAGCGGAGGACGAAUGAUCCUUGGCUUUAUCGUGAUGGUAUCUCUAUACUGUUGAAUAAACAUCACCUUGAUGCUGGUUUGGAAGUUCCCAAUAAUUGGGAUCUUGAUGUUGAACAUCCUGAGACAAAGGGAAAUGUUACAAAGUACAAGAAUUUGCCGUUUGGUAUCGCGGGAACAAGAGACUAG